UGCCAGAGUUGGUUGAGUCCGGGGUUUCAGCAGAACCAAGAUGGCGGAGGGAGCAGCGGCGCGCUGAAGUUGACUUUUAACUCUAAACAUUUAGACUUGAAGUGCUCCCGUCCUCUGUUCGGACAGAUGCCCGCCGAGAAGUAACACCAGUGAGCCUGAAAUCACUGGCAGAGCCCUCAUGUUGUGACACUGUCCCGAAGCUCAAGCUUCUCCUCAGAGAGUAGCUGUGGUAGCCCCAGCAGCUAGCUGUAGCGCUAUCCCAGUGGUUAGUGGACUGACGGCUGUACUGGGAAUCCUCAUCAUACGGAUGUGCCAGCACCACAGGGCUAAUAGAGCAGGAGAGAGGGCUGAGGCCGCAGGUAUGUUCACAGAUGUUACCAGCAAUGUUGAGCUGAAGGUGCAGUGACAGUACAGUGAAAGCCCAAACAGGAGUUUCUCUGGGAUGUUCAGGCAAGGUGGCAUAAGGGGGUUCCACCCCGAUGCACAGACCACCAGCACAGACACAUCCUCUGCUGAGACACUACACAAGCUACAAACUACUCUACAGAGAGAUAUGCCCACAUGUAGAGUCAUCUGCUCAACUGUUUGAAACGGGGGACUGACCCAGGAACAAAAACCUCAGGCUAAACUUGGGCCAGAUAUUUCAGACAGAGAUCACCUGUGUUGGUGUUCACUAUUGAACCAAUUCAAUUUCUCCCUCUUGGAUCGCCCAAUAUUUGUCAUUCCAUCCAUCAUAUAAUCAUCUGUCCCUCCCUUCUUCCUUUAAGUCAUCCGUGAUUGUUUUAGUCCUGCAGAGCUUGAAGUGUAGAGAAGGUAAUGGAUUAUGCUGGCCAUGGUGACCUAGUGUAAAUGGCUAUUCCCCAGCACAGCUUGGUGCCAGUAUCUACAGCUCGAUCUUCCUCCUCCACUCCCCCUUCCUCUCAUCCCUACUCCACCUCUCUGCCCUCUUUGCCUGUUCUCCGCUGCUGCUUGCUGCCCUGUUCUGCCUCCUCUUUCCAACAUCAUGGUAGGUGCAGGCUUGGGUGUGUGGAAAUUAAUGCGAGGAGUCCGCCAGCUGGAGCUUCACCGCCUUAUCCUGGCACUAAUCAUCUUCUGCUUGCUGUCCAUGGCCUUCCUAGCUUACUACGUCUCAAACAGCCCCAAAAUCAAGGAGGCUCCCCCUUUACCCUUUAGUGAUUGUGGUGGAGAAGGAGGGAUGUCACCAGGAACUAGUACUGGGGCUGAUGAAGGAGGGCCAGGUGUGCAGAGGGCACCACUUUUCAUUCCCGUGCGUCAGAGCCGACUGCGACAAGUGAAAGCAGUGGACAAUUCCAGGACAGAGCCUGUUGUUCUGGUGUUUGUAGAGAGCAUCUACUCUCAGCUUGGCCAGGAGAUUGUAGCCAUAUUAGAGUCCAGCCGCUUCCACUACCGGACAGAGAUUGCUCCUGGUAAAGGUGACAUGCCCACAUUGACAGAGCAUAACCGUGGACGUUACACACUUAUCAUCUAUGAAAAUGUGUUGAAAUAUGUCAAUCUGGAUGCAUGGAACCGUGACUUACUGGACAAGUACUGUGCUGAGUAUGGAGUAGGUGUCAUUGGCUUCUUCAAAGCUAAUGAAAACUCUCUUCUCAGUGCACAGCUUAAAGGGUUUCCCCUCUUUCUACACUCACAUCUUGGACUCAGGGACUACCGCAUCAAUCCCAGUGCUCCUCUACUCUACAUUACCAAGCCAAACCAAAUGGAGCAGGGCUCUUUACCAGGAGAUGACUGGACCAUUUUCCAGUCCAACCACUCUACUUAUGAACCAGUACUUCUGGCCAGCACCAAGUCCUCUGAGGCACUGGCACAUUUUGGACCUAGCCACCUGCGGGCCCUCCAUGCGACAGUGGUCCAGGACUUGGGGCUACAUGAUGGCAUUCAAAGGGUUCUCUUCGGGAACAAUCUCAACUAUUGGCUCCACAAGCUCGUGUUUGUAGAUGCCAUCGCCUACCUGACAGGGAAGAGACUGUGUUUGUCCUUGGACCGCCACAUCUUGGUGGAUGUGGAUGAUAUCUUUGUUGGCAAGGAGGGAACCCGUAUGAAGGUGUCAGAUGUGGAGGCGUUACUCAACACUCAAAACAAACUGAGAGCAUUGGUCCCUAAUUUCACUUUCAACUUGGGAUUUUCUGGAAAGUUUUAUCACACAGGUACUGAUGAGGAGGAUCGGGGAGAUGACAUGUUGCUGCAGCACAGGAUGGACUUCUGGUGGUUUCCUCACAUGUGGAGCCACAUGCAGCCUCACCUCUUUCACAAUGUCAGUGUCUUGGCUGAGCAGAUGAGGCUCAAUAAGAUCUUCGCUCAGGAGCAUGGUAUCCCAACAGAUAUGGGCUAUGCCGUGGCUCCACACCAUUCUGGGGUUUACCCAGUUCACAGUCAGCUCUACGAGGCUUGGAAGUCUGUGUGGGGCAUUAAGGUGACGAGUACAGAGGAAUACCCCCAUCUAAGGCCAGCUCGAUACCGCCGUGGCUUUAUCCAUAAUGGAAUCAAGGUAUUGCCCAGGCAGACCUGUGGUCUGUUCACCCAUACGAUUUUCUAUAAUGAAUAUCCAGGUGGUUCGAAGGAGCUGGACAAGAGCAUCAGAGGAGGGGAACUCUUCCUCACUGUCCUCCUGAACCCUAUAAGUAUCUUCAUGACCCACCUGUCUAAUUAUGGCAAUGACCGACUGGGUCUCUACACCUUUGAGUCUUUAGUGAAGUUUGUCCAGUGUUGGACUAACCUCAAGCUGCAGACACUGCCCCCCGUCCAGCUCGCUGAAAAAUACUUUCAGAUCUUUCCUGAGGAGAGAGAUCCACUCUGGCAGAACCCUUGUCAUGACAAGAGACACAAAGAUAUCUGGUCUAAAGAGAAGACCUGUGACCGACUCCCCAAGUUCCUCGUCAUUGGACCACAAAAAACAGGCACUACAGCGCUUCAUUCAUUCCUGAGCCUCCACCCAGCUAUCACUAGUUCCUUCCCCAGCCCCACCACCUUCGAGGAAAUCCAGUUCUUCAGUGGAGCAAAUUAUGACAACGGGAUUGACUGGUACAUGGACUUCUUCCCAUUCCCUUCUAAUGUCAGCACAGAUUUCAUGUUUGAGAAGAGUGCUAAUUACUUCGACACAGAGGUGGCUCCUAAGAGAGCUGCUGCCCUGCUACCCAGAGCCAAAAUUCUGUCAGUGCUCAUCAACCCAUCAGACAGGGCUUAUUCCUGGUAUCAGCACCAGAGGGCCCACCAGGACCCUGCAGCCCUCAACAACACUUUCCAUUUAGUGGUGACAGCAGGCCCCUCAGCCCCUAAGGAUCUGCUGGCCCUUCAGAGACGCUGCCUUAGCCCCGGGGCCUAUGCUACUCACCUGGAGCGCUGGCUGCAACACUAUCAGCCCAACCAGGUGCACAUCGUGGAUGGGGCCCUGCUGCGGUCCAACCCAGCACUAGUGAUGGAGGGAAUCCAGAGAUUCCUUGGUGUCACUCCCAUCUUCAACUACACCCAGGCUCUAAUGUAUGAUGACAGCAAAGGUUUCUGGUGUCAGCGGGUGGAAGGAGGUCGAGCCAAAUGUCUGGGGAAGAGUAAAGGCAGGAAAUACCCAGAGAUGAGUUCUGAGUCGCGUACCUUUUUGGCAGAUUACUAUCGUGAGCACAACAUGGAGCUGCUUCGUCUGCUGAAUCGACUGGGCCAACCGCUGCCGUCCUGGCUCCGCCAAGAACUCCAGAGCACCAGCUGGAGCUGAGGCCACAAGCUUGCAGACAGACACAUCGUACAGAAACCGGGACUAGAGUCUGUGGAUGAGCCAACAUUUGGCUCUGGAUUAGACUGGACUACCUAAUCUGGAAUCUACAGCCGCACACACUAAAAGAGCUGCAGGGUUUUAGCUGAUGUUUCUGAUGCUCCUGUGUGCACCAUGAAAGUGUUGGUCCCUGUUGGAGAAGGAUCCCAUUGGACUCCCACCCCCCAACUCCUGAUUUGUUGCCAACCUUGUGCGAGCACUAGGCAGCUGUCAACCUCAUGUGUGUGGGACGAGAAAGGGUGAGGGCUGACAUUGCACACAUCAGUUUUCUGUUGAUCCAGAGGACUGGGUGGCCAGAAGGUUUGAGGCAUAAUGAACAGAUCAGAUCGCCUUAAUGUGAGGAGAGAAACUCACAGAGUGAGACCAUGCAAAUGUGGAGUGUAUGAGAGGACGCAGGACUAACAUGAACAAACACACAGACACGCGCACGUCUCCACGAGAAUGAUUGUGAAGCAGUUCAUUUUCAAUAUCAAUUGUAUACGUUUGGUUUGGGGGAAAGGUGGGAAACAGACAGUCCGUAUCCUGGUACAGACUUCUCUGACACACCUAACUUAGGCAGGGUGCUGUGUCCUUCUAUCCUCACCGUUUCAGUGUGAGACAUUUUAAAAUGGAUUUAGUUACUAUGAUGACAGGGCAAUGUAAAUACCAAUUUUUGAUUCGGUACAUAACUGAUGCCCAGAUUUGGUCCAGGCUGUGCCCUCACUAUCAUGCUGUGACUGUCAGAGAGCAGCUUCUACACUCUACUUCACCAUAGCAACGUCUGCAUCCAUUCUCCAGGUUUAAUUUAAGAUUGCUUACGUUCUUGCUUUUAAUCUAAAUACCCUCCAUGUUUUAAUAAAAGGAGUAAAGUACACCACAUACUGUGCUGAGUAUUGGUUGUUGUAGAACUUUUAAAUAACUGGUCAGUUACUUGAGUUGUCAGUGUGAUUAUGGUUGAAGUUUUCAUGCUUCAGGGACCAGAGAGUGAAAGUUCAGGUUUGACCUCAGCUCUUUAUUAUUUAGUGAGAGGUAUAGACCUUUUUUUACAGUAGCCAUUUUGACUUGAUGGAGCAAAUAAACCCAAUGUUAUUCAUCAUAAUAAUGAAGACUGUUUUAGAUAGAUAGUCUUAUUUAAUGUGAUUAGUAACAUCGACCACUUCAUGUCAAAAUGGCUGCUGUGAAAAAGAUGUUUUAGUCAGCAGUGCUCUGUUCUGUAAUUUCAUGGCUCUGACUGGAGACUUCUCCCUUGCAAUGGAUGCUGAUGCUCAUGGGGACUGCAAUGUUAUGAGUCAUUACACACACCAAGCUAAGGGGACAAGAUUAAUCAGACACAAAGAUUAAGUAUUUACAACUGUCAGCUCACAACUGUGGAUGGAUUUUCCCGGGGGCUUUUUAGUGAUGAGGACCAUUAUUAAUAAAUAGAAAUGAUCCAUUUCAUGGAAAUUAAACUUUUAGAGACUAAGGUUAACCUAAAGUGCUAUUCUGGUUGUCUAUUAAAGUUGGGGGACUCACAAGAGGCAAACUGAUUUUAAAUUGGUCAAAAUUGAAGCAGCAAAGGCAGUUAACGCAAAAAGCUCAAAAACACUAUGUACUACAUUGCCCAUAAUGUAUCUUGUUACUGGACAUUUUACUAGACUUAAGUAGACUCUUAAAUAAUGUGUCCAGGUAAAAUGUUCUGUAUAUAGUCUUCAAGCUGAGAUGACUUUGUUAUUACACCAUGACGGUUAUUUUCUUAGACUUGACAAAGUUACUGCAUAAUUUAACUAACACAGGACUAACCACAAUCAGUGCAGUUGCUUGUACAUGUCAAAUCAUGGAUGACAUGCAUGGACAAUGAUGUCCUAAUAAACAGUUGGGGCGGUUGACAUUGAUUGUAUCAUGAUGUGAUCAUGAGGCACAGCCCAGGACCAGAGCUCUAAAACCUAAUGUGGGUUGUUUGUGAGUGGGAAAGAAGCCCCUCAGUCAGGAAGAGCUACACCGUGAGAUAUCAUCUAAUAAACCAAAACAAUUCUAAACACACGUCAUCCCACGCUCUCACAGCCCAUCCAUCCGAGGACAGGAUGUCACAAAUCUCACAGGACAAGAGAACAUGCAUCAGAGCUGGAAUAGAGACUAAUCAGAAGCUGCUGUCAUGUUGUUUCCUGUUUGUUUUAUAUGAAUGUCAAAAAUACCAACACAGUAUCAUCUCUAAUAAACACUGAGAGGUUGGAAA